CUUUAGGCGACGCCAUAUCGUGCCUGACCGCGGUGUGGUCGGGCCCGGGGCGGGGCACAGUACGGCACGAACGAAGGCACCACCCCGGAGGGGCGGGGGGCCCUGGCCCGGCACCCUCAGAGGGGCCCUGCGGGGCCGUGUCAGGUCGUGCCUUCCCGGCGAGGGAGGGCGCCCACGGUCCCAAGCGAGCGGGGCGGGGCCGGACUACAAGUCCCAGGGAGAGGCGGGUGUGGCCGUUGGAGCGGGGCUGCCGGUCCACCUUCCCGCCGCCAGGGCCAGGUGUCAUCGUGGUGGCCCAGGAAGCAUGCUGCUGUGGUGCUGGGGGCCCUGAAGACUGUCUGGCUUGCAGGGAGGAAUGCUACGGUGGGCGGUGCACUUGGAAGGUGGGCCGCGGAGAGUGAACCACGCGGCUGUGGCCGUCGGGCACAAGGUCUAUUCCUUUGGUGGAUAUUGUUCUGGAGAAGACUAUGAGACUCUGCGACAGAUUGAUGUCCAUGUUUUUAAUGCAGUGUCUCUGCGCUGGAUCAAGCUGCCUCCAGUGUGGACAAACAGCCGAGACCAUGUGAGAGAGGUGCCCUACAUGAGGUAUGGGCACUCAGCAGUGCUCAUAGAUGACAUUGUCUACAUAUGGGGUGGUCGCAACGACACUGAGGGAGCCUGCAACGUGCUUUAUGCCUUUGAUGUCAACACGCACAAGUGGUUCACGCCAAAGGUGUCUGGAAUGGUCCCAGGAGCAAGAGAUGGGCACUCAGCUUGUGUCCUGGCAAAAAGCAUGUUUAUCUUUGGAGGCUACGAACAGCUGGCUGACUGCUUUUCCAACGAUAUCCAUAAAUUGGACACCACAAACAUGAUGUGGACCUUAAUUUCUGCUAAGGGUACACCAGCUCGCUGGAGAGACUUCCAUUCAGCUACCAUCAUAGGAACAAAGAUGUAUGUAUUUGGUGGCAGAGCUGAUCGUUUUGGACCAUUUCACUCCAACAAUGAGAUCUACUGUAACCGGAUUAAAGUAUUUGAUACAGAAACAAAUUCCUGGCUGGACUCUCCUCCAACUCCAGUACUCCCUGAAGGCCGUCGGAGCCAUUCGGCAUUCAGCUACAACGGGGAGCUAUAUGUAUUUGGUGGCUACAACGCACGGCUGAACAGACACUUCCACGAUCUCUGGAAAUUCAACCCAGUUUCUCUUUCUUGGAGGAAGAUUGAGCCCAAGGGUAAAGGCCCAUGUCCUCGACGCCGGCAGUGCUGCUGCAGAGUGGGGGACAAAAUCAUUCUUUUUGGAGGCACCAGCCCAUCUCCAGAGGAGGGAAUGGGUGAUGAAUUUGACCUGAUGGAUCACUCGGAUCUCUACAUCCUUGACUUCAGCCCCAGUCUAAAGACUCUGUGUAAGCUAGCAGUGAUUCAGUACAGCCUGGACCAGUCCGGCCUUCCCCAUGACAUCAGAUGGGAGCUCUCUGCCAUGACGACAAACAGCACCAUCAGCCGCCCCAUCGUCUCUUCUCAGGGCUGACACCGGCUCGUCCCUCUACCACCCCGCCCUCGCCUCUCCACAUACUGAUCUCUUGCUCCACUGCCUGCAUGAGUUUUUAGCCCUUUCAAAUGAGGAACAUGUGAGCUCAGUUUGUCUUGCCCUAGCCAGACCUCCCUCUGUUGUUGACAUCUUUUGGGCAGCAUGAGUGUGCAGGCAGAACAGGCUGCCAGGGAAGAAAUCUGCUCACCCCAGCAGCACAAUUGUGAACCCUCCUCCUUGCUGAUGGCUCCAGUACCUCUGCCUUCCUUCUCCUUGCCCCUGGAGCUGCAGCUGUGCUGACCUGGUCCCCCGCCAUCUUCCAAGGGCCUGAAUCAAAUCCUACCACCAGCCACAGCCCCAGGACUGCCCUGGGUUAUGAACUGUUCCUGCACUGCCUAGAGAGAGCAGGAACUUCCACACCUGCACCCACCAGUGCUGACCAGCUUCCUGGCUCUGGAUGGCAAGCUCCAGCCCUGAGCUUAGCCUGAUGUGGGGAGCCUGGGCCCAGCUGGAUCCUCUGCCCGGCUCCUGUUGUAAAAUAGCAACUAGCAGGAGUUUUAUAAAAGUUGAAGCAGA